CUGCAGCCGCCGGGAAGGAGCUGGGGGAGGACGGUGGCCUGCGAGGCUCGUCGCAGACAACGCGGCGGCGAUGUCCGCGAGCCAGGCGAGCGCCGCGGCGGCAGCGGCGGGGCCUCGCGUGCGGCAGGGCGGCCUGGGCUUUGGCCUCCCUCCGGUUCCCUGGAAGCGGGCCGGUGAGCAGCAGCGCGGGAGCGGCAGCAGCAGAGGCGGAGGCCCCGGCGCGCGUCUGACUCCUUCGGCCUGAGCCCAGGGCGGCCGGGCGGCGCGGGGGACUGGAGGGGGUCCGCUGCCCGAGGAUGGGAAUUCUCUUCACCAGGAUAUGGAGACUGUUCAAUCACCAGGAGCACAAAGUUAUCAUUGUUGGGUUGGAUAAUGCAGGGAAAACAACCAUUCUUUACCAAUUUUCUAUGAAUGAAGUUGUACAUACAUCACCUACAAUAGGAAGUAAUGUAGAAGAGAUAGUGAUAAAUAAUACACGUUUCCUAAUGUGGGAUAUUGGUGGCCAAGAAUCUCUUCGUUCUUCCUGGAAUACUUACUAUACUAACACAGAGUUUGUAAUAGUUGUUGUGGACAGUACAGACAGAGAGAGGAUUUCUGUAACUAGAGAAGAACUCUAUAAAAUGUUAGCCCAUGAGGACCUAAGAAAAGCUGGAUUGCUGAUUUUUGCUAAUAAACAAGAUGUUAAAGAAUGCAUGACUGUAGCAGAAAUCUCCCAGUUUUUGAAGCUCACUUCCAUUAAGGAUCACCAGUGGCAUAUCCAGGCAUGCUGUGCUCUUACUGGAGAGGGAUUAUGCCAAGGACUUGAGUGGAUGAUGUCACGACUCAAGAUUAGAUGAUCUCUACUGUCCUCGUUUCAUGGACUUUGUAUAAGUGAAGUGCUGGACUUUACCUGAAAGCUGCAAAAAUUAAUGGUUUAGAUAUAUUUAUAAUAAACUGAUUUAACCUUUUUCUAUAAGAAGAAAAUUAAGACCACUUAUUUGAAAACAAAGAUGAAGUUUCACCUUCCAAUUUUCUUUCACAUUAUUUCCUUCCAAAGUAUGUUAUUAAACUGUGAUUGACAUUUUUCCCAAUGAAUCCUCUCAGGACAUUGUGUAGCCUGUGGUAAGUACAAAGGGAGAGGAAGACAUUUUUAACGUUAAGAGCUUUAUUAUCAAUAUAAUCCUCCCUAGUUGAAUGUUAUUCUAUUAUUGUUCCAAUGAGUCAAAAUACAAAUCAGCACAGAUACUGUUUCCAGUUUUUUAAAAUGUAAUAUUACUUAAGAAAAGUAUUUUGUUUAGGGUUGUGUAUGUAUUGUAUAUACCUCAGAUUUAUGUUCUAUAGAAAAGAAAAUAACACAAAAAUUAAUAAUAUCCUUAGUUAUUGCCCUAAUGAGAUAAGUACUGGCCUUGGUGUUCAGAACCAUUUUGUACUUUUCCCCUGUGUUCUCUGUAUUGUACUAACCAGCUUUCCCAAAUCGUUGAGCUGCUCUUAAAAAACAACAACCAAAAAACAAGAAAAGGCUUGAUAGUGUGUACCUGCUUUUUUGUUGAUGAACAGCACAUGGAAAUAUGUAAUCUAACCAAGUGGAAUAUCAGUCAGACUUUUAGCUUAGUUCUUUCUAAUGGGCAGAAUUGCACCGAGAGCAGUCACCUGGUUAUUCUUUUGUUGGCUCUUAGGUCAUCUAAAUUACAGAAUGGACUGUUAACCAAUCAUAAAUUGUGAAUAAAAUUAUCAAGUGUUUUCUUUUCCUGAUUGAAAGCUAUUGUGUGUAACAUGUCUAUCCAGAAAGGUAGAAUUCUAGGAAUACUGUUAGUUUAGCUAUAGUCUUGUUUUAGUAUGAAGCUAUAUGUCAAACAGUGAAAAUGGGUUUUUGAGUAUAAGUAAGGUAUCUGCCAAGCAACAUUGAUCAUUUCUUAUUUCACAAAGUUCUUAUUUUAUUACUUGCAAUAGUUUAAGACUUUUUUCUUUCUUUAAGUUUUCUUGUAUCUUUUAUGGCACAAAUGACAUUAACAAUUGUAAAAUAUGAAUUUUUUGAAUGGUUUUAAGAAUUGAUUGAAAAGUUGAUUGGCUUUUUACUAGGAAAUAAGUUGAACUCAACUUUCAUAUUUAGUUAGGGUUUUUUUUCUUUUUUAAUCUGAAAGUUGAAUUUCUGUUAACAACUAAAAACAGAAUUAUCCUUUGUUAAAACAUAUACUUGAAUGAUCUAUUUACUUCUUUUAUGCGCUGAAAAUGUUAAUCCAAACUUAGAAUAUUCUAGGAAAGAAAUAACUCUGCAAUAUAAUCCUUUUAAAUUUCAGAUUUUGGUAAGAUGUAAGCAUUGAAAGAAUUUAAAGUUCUUUCUGUAAGAUAUGGAAUACUCAGUAUUGAAAUCUAAGUCAAGCAUGGGUGAUCAGUGUUAACAUUGGAGGUUUUGUGUUUCAUAUUUGUGUUACAUUCAUAAUGCAAAUAGAACACAUAGUAUUAACAUUGUUUAUAAAAGUAAACCCUAAAUUUUUAAGCUUUGUUCAUAGGUUCUCAUACUUUUUCAAAUCACUGCAAGGUUGUAUUAGAAAUUCUUUAAGCGGGGCACCAUUGACUCAUACCUGUAAUCCUAGCUAUUUCAUUAGAGGCAAAUACUCCAUGAAGUAGCCCCAAAAUACUCACCUUUUGUCCUUUUUGCUUUUUAAUUUUAAUAAUCGUGCUCAGUUCAUUGGAUUGUGGUCAUGUCAGUCAACAGGCAACCAGCACAUUCCCUUGUCAUAAAGAUGUCUGAAAUUCAAUGAGUGUUUAAAGUAUGCACUAUGCUAGUAUUACAACAUUAUGAAGAUCUUACACCACAUUUACAAAAGUGAUUUUUCUACCUUCACAGGCUAAGCAGUGCUUGUAUGUAAAACUAGAAUUAAAAUGGGAAACAUCUUAAAUUUAUAUUUGAAAAUGUCAAAAUGUUAACAGUAUUAAAGAUGGAGAGAUUCAUGAAUAGUUCAGAUUUGAAAUGUAUAUGUAAUUUUAGUAGAAUUAAAUAGCAUUUUGGAAUUUUUGUACACUAGUUUUGGUUGUAAACAUCUCAUUUACAGUCAUGCUCAGUUUUAAAAAGAAAAUGUGGCUAAGUGUAACUUUUUUACUAAGUUUGAAAGUCGUGUAACUUUUAUUGACAUCUUGUUGGUAUAUAUUUAAUUAUGUCAUUAUAGCAUUUAUAAAGUAUUUUUUUUCACAUUAUAUUGAAGGCUGUUAGCCUGGUGCUAGUGGCUCACUCUUGUAAUCCUAGCUUCAAAGGAUGCUGAGAUUUUAGGAUCACGGUUCAAAGCUAGCCCAGGCAGGAAAGUCUAUGAGACUUUGAUCCAGUUAACCAUGAAAGAGCCUAAAGUGGAGCUGUGGCUCAAGUGGUAGAGUGCUAGCCUUGAGCAGAACUCAGGGACAGCGCCCAGGCCCUGAGUUCAAGCCCCAGGGACUGACAUCCACCCACCCACCAAAAAAAAGAAAGAAAGAAAUUGGCAGUACAUCUUGGCCAUCAAAACAGGCAAAGAAUAUAGUGAGGGAAAAUGGAUUGGAGGGAGUAGGUAUUCAUUUUCUUAUGACUUAAUGCCUUAAAAAGUGCUUUAUUUAGCACAGUUGGUUGGCAUUUUUAAUGCAGGUGGUCAAAGUGGUUUCAGAUAAAUGUGGUGUGAAGUAGAGGGAAGAAGAGUUUGUUUUCUGGCCUUUCAGAAGUGCCUAGUAGUAGGUAAUUACAGUGAAUCCAGAGGUGUGCAAGGAACUUGAGAAAAGGUGUGAACUCCCUGAAAUAUUAUCUCUUUUUGUCUAAGUAAAUAGUAUUAAGAUGCCUAGAAAUGAGACUUGUCUCCUCUCUUGUGGCACUUUACAUUUCUUGCUGUGACUACAGCAACCACAUACAGUACAGACAACCUCAAAAUCUGUUUAUACUAUGUAAAUAGAAAAAUUGUAGACAACUUCCUAGUGUUUUCUGUGGGCAAUCUGCUAACUUUGUAUAUAAGGAAUAGCUGUACAUCAUAGAUCAUUUGUCAAUUUUAACAUCAUACUCUCAAUAGCCCAGUCAUAUUCUGGCAUUAUUUUCUUACCUUUGACCCCUCUUUUUCUCCAAAUAUAAUCUAGAAAUUUUUGCUUCAGGAUCAGUUUUCCCUAGUUCCACCUAUUCCUUGCUGCUCUUUAUGUUCAUUCAUUGUCCAUCACAAAAGUUUUCUUUGUCCUGAGUACAGUCUAGGAUGUAGGCAGCAUACAAGUGUCAGUAGUAGAAUCCUAUAAAUUAUUACUAUAUUUAACAUUUUAAUGCUUCCUAAUUUUAACCUCUAUGUUUAAAAGUAAAUUCAGAAAGAGAAAUACUUUAGACUGCCAGAUCCUUACUAGUUAAGACUAGAAGGUAUUAUUAUGUUAAAUAUGUAUUAUGUUCACAUCACACAGAAAACUGUUUUAGAGAAUACCAGUUCAGCCAGUAUAAGUUGAAAAAGAUGCCAAACCAAAUCUGUAUGUAGAAUUAAGUCAUUGUCUGCAGUUCACAUUUUCUCCUCAUGUUUACUUAAGGAACAGUGACGAACAUUAGUAAUAGGAUACCUAGUGUUACAGAAUAAACCUGAUGAAAGAGACAUGAAUAAUCAGCCAUCAUGGUGUUGACUAGAUGUGGAUACAAUGUAGGAAAUAAGUCUUCAGAGCUCCACAUAUAGAAAAAUAAAGCUAUCAUACUUCAUCAAAGAAUGUAUGAGUAAGGGAAAGGAAAGAAACAGAAUUUAGCCCUUUGGGUGCUUAUAAGGUAACUUUCUACUUAACCCUAAAAGAGUAUGAAAUUGUGAAGAAAUGUAACAUGCAUUUGGAUUGGUUGUGCAAUAUUGUUAUUGUCUACUCUUGCAUAUUCUAAAAAUGAAAGUUAAGGUUUUUAUGGUUUUGUCUGACAAGUGUACUGUUCUUAUUUUAAUAGAAAAUUAUUAUAGUAUGUAUUCAAGAAGUGCCUGAAAUGGAUUUGUCUUGAUUUUUAAGCCCAGCUAAUAAAUUGUUUUUUAUGGUAUUAUAUGUGUGUACCAUACCGAUGACACAGACAUGAGAGUUUCAUAAGAUAUAAUUUGCUUAUUUUGAAUAAAAAUGCUUGAAAUUGAAACUAUCCACCUAACCUUCAACAUAUCAUGAUAUAAAGAAGCUAAAAUACAACCAUUUAUCUCUUUUCUGAUAAAAACUAUUUCAUGACCCUUGCAUUAGUUAAUGCAGAGACUAGAAAACUCAAUUUUCUGUUUUUAAAAACAGAAUUUCACUAUGUCUAGAAAGCUUAGUAAGAGUUUGUUGCUUGUAUAAAGGUAGCCUCUUAGUUCUCAUACUCUGUAAGUAAUUGUUAAUGUCAUUACCAUGUAGCUCCUGGACUGCUUCAUUUAUGUAUAUAUAAAUAUGCAUCAAGUAGUCAUCUUUACAUUCUACUUAUAAACGAAAAUAUUUGAUAAGAUCUUACUAAUGUUUCAUGUGUAUUGUCCCAUUUUUUUUUAAAUACAAAUGACCAUAGAGUGUAAUUGAAUCCUAGGGAAAAUUAUGUUCGAUGAUGUACAGUUACAAUAUUGUGCUCUUGUUAUACUUCAUCUUGCAUGGAAAGUCAAAUGUGUAUGUAACCUUAAAUUGCAGUUUUGCAUACUGUCCCUUUUCUCUUAACUUGUUGCAUUGUCAUUAUACAGGAUUCCUCUCAUGUUUGCUUGAAAUUAGUCUGCAUAGAUUGGGUAGCCUUUUCCUUGUAUGUGUCUCUUAGUGGUUCCAGGAGAUGGUUGAUACCUGCAAAGCACUUUUAAAGAUAAUUUUUAGGUUAUGUCCAUAAUACAGCAUUGAGGAAGCAGCUAUGUCUUAGAGAGGCUCAUUAGGUUACUAGAGAUGAGAAAAAAUGCAUACUAAUUUUAAUUUGCACAUGAACUAUAUUUGCUAAUUAUUUUGAUUUUUAAAUCUGACAAAUUCUUACAGUCUUUCUUGUUUGUCGUACUUCCCCAGAGAAGCCUGUAUUAAAAAUAUAUUCCACUAGUCUCUGUAGAAGCUCCACCUCAACCCACAAAACCAAAUUGAACUCUCGGCAUAUGAUAUCUUAAUUAGAAAUCCUUUUGAAACAUUUUGGUUUUGUUUUAUUGGAAUUUCCAACAUAGCAAAAGGUUUUCACUCAAGCUUUACAUGCAAGAAGAAGUUGAAAUUGUGUCUUCUCUCUGUAUAACCUUGUGUUUCUCUAUGCUAGAGAGAUUUUACAUGUGAGGAAUAUUCCAGUAUGUGAGGAUGUUGGGAGCAUUCCUCAGUGCUGUUGUGUUAGCUGUCCUGGAUAAUAAUGCUUCAUGGCUGGUGAGACAGCUUCGUGGGUGGCUGGGCAUAUUUUGUUUGGUCUGAGUAAUGAAUAGAGUGGGCAGAUCAGUGGGGUCUUCUCCACUGGUAUAGCAGCUAUUUUGCAGAUGAACCCCUUGACCUAUGUGUAACUUCUUGUUUCCAUAAUUCACUUUCAAGUUCCAGAAAGGCAUUGGCCAAAUUAUUAUUAAUAGGACCUUUUUGAUUAUAAAAUGGAGGAGUAAUAUCAAAGUAAUUUGAGGGAGGAAAUGAUGAAAUUUUAGUGGUGAAUUUCCAUGUUUGAUAUGUAUAUACCUUUCUCUUUAAGUUGCAUGUUAAUCCAAUGUAAAGUAUUGUCUCUGCUUUCUUGCUUUAAGAAAAUAAAAGAUGAGUUAAAUUGUUCUGUA